UAUAAAAGUGUAGCGUGCGUGUUUGUGGCUAGUUAUUACUUACAAUGCAGUUUAAAAUCUUGCAGUUAGUGUUUCUUUUCGCGAUUUGUUCAGCAGCAAAUGCUGCUACUAUGAACAAACAAAUUCGAAGUUUGGACUGGUGGCAACAUGCCAGCUUCUACCAAAUCUACCCGCGAUCAUUCAAAGACAAAAAUAACGACGGUAUUGGCGAUCUUCAGGGAAUAAUCGAAAAACUGGAUCACUUCACGGAUGCGGCAGUUGAUGCAGUUUGGCUGUCACCUAUUUUUAAGUCACCACAAGUGGAUCAGGGGUACGAUAUUAGUGACUAUAGGGACGUUGAUCCGGAUUAUGGGACAAUGGAUGAUUUGAAAGAAUUGAUUCAGAAAGCUCACGCCAAAAAAAUUAAAGUUAUUUUGGAUUUUGUCCCCAAUCAUACAAGUGAUAAACACCAAUGGUUCAUAGAUUCGGUUAAUGGUGUUGAAGAGUAUCGCGAUUAUUACGUUUGGGCUAAUGCCAAGGUCGAUGAUGACGGUAACAGAGUGCCUCCAAAUAAUUGGAUAAGCCUUUUUAAAAAUUCGGCUUGGACGUGGAGCGAAGAACGUCAACAAUAUUAUUUGCACCAAUUCGCUUCAGCCCAACCUGAUCUUAAUUACCGAAAUCCUAAAGUAGUGCAAGCAAUGAAGGACACUUUGACUUUUUGGCUUGACCAUGGGGUAGAUGGUUUUAGAGUUGAUGCCAUACCUUUUCUAUUCGAAAACGAGGAUCUUCUCGAUGAACCCAAAUCAAACAGUCCGGGUUACAACGAUACAGAUUAUGAAUACCUUGACCAUACUUACACCAAAGACUUGCCUGAAACGUUUGAUAUGGUCUACCAGUGGAGGCAAUUACUCGAUGACUACACCAAUAAAAAUGGGGGUGACUCUAGGAUAUUUAUGACUGAAGCUUACACAGAUAUCAACAAUACAAUGCUCUAUUAUGGUAGUGCCGAUGGUAGCCAAUUGGGGGCCCAUUUCACAUUCAAUUUUGUGCUUAUAACUGACAUCAACAUCGAUUCAACCGCACAAGACAUUGUUAACACUGUCAACAAAUGGUUGGAUGCAAUCCCCGAGAUCUACACCUCCAACUGGGUUUUAGGAAACCAUGAUAACCACAGAGUUGCCACCCGAUUUGGUGUUGCAAACGCUGACGGUUUCAAUAUGUUGAAAUCCCUACUUCCCGGAGUUGCCGUCACAUACAACGGUGAAGAAAUCGGGCAAGAAAAUGGUGAAGUAUCUUACGAAGAAGGCCAGGAUCCUAGUGCUCGAGAUCCGGCUAUUUUCGAAAAAGUUAGUCGCGAUUUUGAACGCACACCUUACCAAUGGGAUGAUUCUACCAACGCUGGGUUCAAUACCGGAGCCAAACCUUGGCUGCCAGUCAGCGAAAAAUACGUUGAAACUAAUCUGAAGAAGGAGAAAGCCGAUUCUGUGAGCCAUUUUAAAGUGUACAAAGCUUUGGCUCAAUUAAGGGCUAACCCGACUCUUAUUUCCGGAGAUGUGACCGCGAAAGCGGUCGAUGAAUACACGGUUUUGAUAAAAAGGAGUUUGAAUGGAUCGUCUUUAGCUUUGGUCUUUAAUGUAGGAAACGAUACUGCCACUGUGGAUGUCGCUGAAGAUGUUUCAAAGUCAAAUAAAAUUGUUCUAACGAAUGUUGACUCUUCUAGGGAUACUGGAUCUGCCGUCGAACCAUCGAAUUUGAAACUGGAAGCUCAUGAAGCUUUAAUCCUGUCAUUUUAAGUCUGUAUUUUUUAUAAAGUGUUAGUACUUGUAUGCAAAUAAAGUUAUUUUGUAUAUAUUA